GUGAAUUAGACGCGUUCUUACGCGUUCUUACGUGUGCGCUAGCCACCUAGCUCGACCCGCGUGCACUUCCAUCUUUUGCUCGCGCUCAAAAGCACGGCGCGCGUCGCACUCGGGAGCAAUGAGCUAGGCAGGUCCGGAUUUGCCGCAGAUCCGACGUGCCUCCAGUUCCAUUCCAAAUAAUCAUCUGCUUCGGUCGUUUCCUAUGGCCAAAUUGUUGCCGGUGUCUGCAUCAAUCGGGCUGCGUGAAAAGCCGCGAGCUGCUGCAAGACAAUCUCCGCUCAGGAGACAAGGAUUGAAUACACAACUAUAUUUCAGGGAACACCAGGGGCAACCCGCAGACGCGAAGAGCGGCAAGAAGACUUGGAAGCCCUUGAGCGUAGUCACUCCUCGGUCUUAAGUUUCGGACCCUUCACAAUCAUCACAUUUUUUUAGAUUGAUCAACGCUGCGCCAGGCGGUUGCUUUCGUCGUCGUCGGUCCCCGUCCCCGGUAUGCCUUCUCUUCGCCGCUCCCUUUCUUCGCCUGUGGUUCGCAGCACCCCGUACUCUUCCUCUGGGACGCGCUCCCAGGGCAGCGGUGGUCAUCGUCGUUCCUCGGGCUCAGAAACCAACAUCAGACGGGUUCUCGCUGAUUUGGACUGGUGGAGCGUCACUCAAGGUCAAACGGAGCCUAUGCUCCCUGAGCAAGAGCAGGAGGAGGAGGAAGACGCCGACGGCUCCGAACAAGACAACAUCCCGGCCGUCACCCCGGCCGGCGUUGAUCUUGGUGUUGAGCAUCUGGACACGCAUGAUCUGUGGAUCUCUUUUGGGUUGGGUUCGUCGGAAGCGCCAGUCGCGGAGAUGGCUGCGCUCGCUAUCGCGCCAACAACCCCUCGGCGGCAUGCGCUCGAGUCUUCGACGUCUUCCCUCGAGUCGACACCCGACAGUUCGGACGCUCAGAUAGAGCAGCCGUUCCUAGACGCGUUUGGACUGACUUCGCCCGACGCGCUGGCCCCACCGUCGCCAACCCUGGGGCGCGCGCGUCCUGCAUUGCUCGCGAACCUACGCACGCUAUCUCUGGUUGAUCUGGCCACCUCGUGCGAGCGCUACGCCGACUUUGCGUUGUCGCCGCUCUCGUCAUCCGCGUUCCUUUCGGACUGAUCGGUGCACCUUCCACACAACUCUGUCAGAAAUUCUGGCAGCAUCCACGAGCCUAAAACGCGUCUUAGAAAAUGUAUGCCUUCACGCCAGCCGUCAUUCCCCUUCACGAAUAUCCAUUUGCAUUCACACCAUUCCUACACUCUAUUUCUUGCAUACACAUCUCGC